CCCGAAUCAGCUGACAAUUUCUCUUCGUGGUGUAGUAUGCACUUGGAUUUAGGUAGUUUGAGGAAGUGAACCUUUUUAGCUUUUCCCUUAAAAAAAAAAAAAAGAAUGAGAAGAAAGAGUAAGGGCAAACGCAGGCGUGCGGCACCUGCAACAACUCUCACUUCUCCUUCCCUCUCCGCCAUUCCCAUUCUAUCGGAUGAACACAACAACAACGCACCAACUGCGUUUGAUACCGACUGCGACGAUGACAAUAAUGCCCUUCAUCACCGCGGCUCCGAACCCGAACCCGAACCCGAACUCGAACCUGUGGAUAUAUUUGACAAAACUAUCUGCAUUCACUGCGAUAACAAACGCGAAGAGGCGGAGGGAGUUUUAAUCUGCGGCGGAAGGGGCUGCCCCGUCGCGGUCCACGCCACCUGCCUCGGCUUCGAACCUGAAUUCGACGAUUCCGGUAACUUUUGCUGCCCCUAUUGCUGGUAUAAGCGCGCCGUGGACACGUGUCGACGGUUGAGGGAGAAGGCCAUGAAGGCGAAGGGAGAAUUGUCACGCUUUUUUGGACAAUCACGUGCGGGUGCAACAGAUUAUAGUGCUGCUGCACGUGUGGAUCCGGCUGUUCAGGAUAGUGAAGAACUCAUGGAGGAAACAGAAACAGAAGAACAAUCUGAAGAGAAUAAAGAUGAGGAGGGAAUGGUUGAGGAAAGUGAAAAACUCGUGGAGGGAAAAGAAACAGAAGCUGAAGAGAAUAAAGAGGAGGUAGAGGGUAAGGUUCGGGAUAGUGAAGAACUCGUGGAGGAAAUGCAAACAGAAACAGAAGGACAAACUGAAGAGAAUAAAGAUGAGGAGGGAGAGGCACGUGUGGGUGCAGAUUCCAGUGCUGCUGCACGUAAGAAUCCGGUUCAGGAUGGGGAAGAAAUUGUGGAGGGGAUGGAGACAGAACUAGAAGCACAAUCUGGAGAGAAUAAAGAUGAGGAGGGAAAGGUUCGGGACAGCGAAGAACUCGUGGAGGAAAUGGAAAUGGAAAUGGAAAUGGAAACAGAAACAGGAGCAGAAGUGCAACCUGAAGAGAAUAAAGAUGAGGGUAAGGUUCAGGAUAGUGAAGAACUCGCAGAGGAAACGGAAACAGAAACAGAAGGACAAUCUGAAGAGAAGAAAGAUGAGGAGGGAAAGGUGGCUGUGAUGAGUAGUUCUGUGAGUGAGACCAAUGAUUCGGAAUCUGUGGCCGAAGCAGUGAAGAAAAGGAAGGAUCAGAAGAAGAAGAAGGUUGCUUCAUCGAGGAAAUCUUUGUCGCGACAACAAGAGCAUAAGAAUAAGCAUUAUAAGACUAGAGGGAAAUUUGCCAACAAGGACGAGGAGGAAGUUACCAGCUUCAAAAGUAUCAGUUUGAGGCAGCAACCACAGAGAAUGAAGCAGAGUUCACUGACUGCAAAGCGAAGGAGAUUACUUUGGACAGCUGAAGAAGAAAAAGUUCUCAAGGAAGGUGUAUCGAAGUUCUCCACAGAAAAUCAGAAUAUCCCUUGGAGGAAAAUUUUGGAAUUUGGCUGUCGUGUAUUUGAUAAGACUCGUACUCCUGUUGAUCUCAAGGAUAAAUGGAAGAAUAUUAUCUCCAAGAAAGGUUGGAAGAAUUAAACAUAAGAAGGGGUAUGAAGACCAGUGGCCUUGGAAUAUAACAAUAUACCAUGAUAAAGGAAACAACAAGCCUGUGUUGCCUAUGAACUAUGAAGACCUCUCUGCAGCAAAUUCUGCUGGUGGUUUUUACAAUAGUACUUGAUCUAACUACUGCUACCCUCCUAUUUUCAAGACACCUAUAGUUUGUCUUAUAAAUGACAGAAAAACCUGCACCAAGAGCUCCACCUUCAUAUAACCAUGGCUAUUUCAUUAGUUUUCAUUUUCACUUUGACGCUGUCUGUGUUUAUUUUGCCAUUGAAAAUGAAUGCUCUUGAAAUAUUUAGUUGUAAAGCAGUAUCAGUAUGUAAAUGCUGUGAGGUAGUUAUUUCAGACCUUCGGACGGUGUAUUCUAGGUUCUGAUUUCCUCUAUUAAUGAAGUCAUAGUUGUACUGGUGGUAGGCAACACCCACCCCCUCCACCAUAUUUGUUGGCUAUGUCUAUUUUGUCCUGGAGGUCCUCUGCUUCAAAUACAGCAUCCUUGACAUCAAGCCGGGCUUUCAGAUAUCGAUUUCUGAUUUUGUGAACUUCUAGGGAAGACUCACCAUAUUUUGUGCAUAUCUUUUUUUUAUUCGUAGGAAUUUAAGACAGAUGCUAUGAGAUUUUGUCCAUAUAUUUUUUUUAUUUGUAGUAAUCUAAGAUUUUGUGCAUAUUUUAGACAAUUUCGUGGACGGUGUGCAUAUAUUAUGCGUUGACACAUUUAUUUGUUAUUUAGAGGCUUCAAAAAUGUUGGAAUAAUGCAUUUUUUUU